AGCCAACAUGGAUCCCUCAGUGGGAUGAGGGUGAAACUGCUAUUGCCGGUGGCUCCUGUUUUCCCGCCCCAGCAUGCUGGUGCAUUUAUUUCGGGUCGGGAUUCGGGGUGGCCCAUUCCCAGGCAGGCUGCUACUGCCCCUCCGCUUCCAGACAUUCUCAGCUGUCAGAAACACAUGGCGUAAUGGGAAAACUGGACAGUUACACAAGGCAGAAGGAGGGUACUCUGAUGGCUACCGCAGCUCCUCCCUCCUCCGGGCCGUGGCCCACCUGCAGUCCCAGCUCUGGGCCCACCUCCCUCGAGCCCCUCUAGCUCCCAGAUGGAGCCCCUCUGCCUGGUGCUGGGUUGGGGGAGCCCUGCUAGGCCCCAUGGUACUGAGUAAGCGUCCCCACCUCUGCCUUGUGGCCCUAUGUGAGGCAGAAGAGGCCCCUCCUGCCAGCUCCACACCCCAUGUCGUGGGGUCCCACUUUAACUGGAAGCUCUUCUGGCAGUUUCUGCGCCCCCACCUGCUGGUCCUGGGGGUAGCCAUCGUGCUGGCCUUGGGUGCGGCACUAGUGAAUGUACAGAUCCCCCUGCUCCUGGGCCAGCUGGUAGAGAUCGUGGCCAAGUACACGAGGGACCACGUGGGGAGUUUCAUGACUGAGUCCCAGAAUCUCGGCACCCACCUGCUUAUCCUCUAUGGUGUCCAGGGACUGCUGACCUUCGGGUACCUGGUGCUGCUGUCCCACGUUGGCGAGCGCAUGGCUGUGGACAUGCGGAGGGCCCUCUUCAGCUCCCUGCUCCGGCAAGACAUCGCCUUCUUUGACGCCAAUAAGACGGGGCAGCUGGUGAGCCGCUUGACAACUGACGUGCAGGAGUUUAAGUCAUCCUUCAAGCUUGUCAUCUCCCAGGGGCUGCGAAGCUGCACCCAGGUGGCAGGCUGCCUGGUGUCCCUGUCCAUGCUGUCUACACGCCUCACGCUGCUGCUGAUGGUGGCCACGCCGGCCCUGAUGGGAGUGGGCACCCUGAUGGGCUCAGGCCUCCGAAAAUUGUCUCGCCAGUGUCAGGAGCAGAUCGCUAGGGCAAUGGGCGUAGCAGACGAGGCCCUGGGCAACGUUCGGACUGUGCGUGCCUUCGCCAUGGAGCAACGGGAAGAGGAGCGCUAUGGGGCAGAGCUGGAAGCAUGCCGCUGCCGGGCAGAGGAGCUAGGCCGCGGCAUUGCCUUGUUCCAGGGGCUUUCCAACAUCGCCUUCAACUGCAUGGUCUUGGGUACCCUAUUUAUUGGGGGCUCCCUUGUGGCCGGACAGCAGCUGACAGGGGGAGACCUCAUGUCCUUCUUGGUGGCCUCCCAGACAGUGCAAAGGUCCAUGGCCAACCUCUCUAUCCUGUUUGGUCAGGUGGUCCGGGGGCUGAGUGCAGGCGCCCGGGUCUUUGAGUACAUGGCCCUGAAUCCCUGCAUCCCACUGUCUGGGGGCUGCUGCGUACCCAAAGAGCAACUGCGUGGCUCCGUUACAUUUCAGAACGUCUGCUUCAGCUACCCGUGCCGCCCCGGCUUCGAGGUGCUGAAAGACUUCACCCUGACGCUGCCCCCUGGCAAGAUCGUGGCCCUCGUGGGCCAGUCUGGGGGAGGAAAGACCACCGUGGCUUCCCUGCUGGAGCGCUUCUACGACCCCACGGCAGGCGUGGUGAUGCUGGACGGGCGGGACCUGCGCACCCUUGACCCCUCCUGGCUCCGGGGCCAGGUUGUCGGCUUCAUCAGCCAGGAACCCGUCCUGUUUGGGACGACCAUCAUGGAAAACAUCCGCUUUGGGAAGCUGGAAGCUUCCGACGAAGAGGUGUACGCAGCCGCCCGGGAAGCCAAUGCUCACGAGUUCAUCACCAGCUUCCCUGAGGGCUACAACACCAUUGUCGGUGAACGGGGCACUACCCUGUCUGGGGGCCAGAAGCAGCGCCUGGCCAUCGCCCGAGCCCUUAUCAAGCAGCCCACAGUGCUGAUACUGGAUGAAGCCACCAGCGCGCUGGACGCAGAGUCCGAGCGAGUUGUACAGGAGGCCCUGGACCGGGCCAGUGCAGGCCGCACGGUGCUGGUAAUUGCCCACCGGCUCAGCACUGUCCGUGGGGCCCACCGCAUCGUCGUCAUGGCCGAUGGCCGUGUCUGGGAGGCUGGGACACAUGAAGAGCUCCUGAAGAAAGGCGGGCUGUACGCCGAGCUCAUCCGGAGGCAGGCCCUGGAAGCCCCGAGGACAGCGGCCCCACCGCCCAAAAAGCCAGAAGGCCCCAGGAGCCACCAGCACAAGUCCUGAGAAGGGCCCCCUGAGGUGUGGUCGCUGCCAAGCAUCAGUGCUAGGGCUGGGGCUCAGCCCGGGGGGAGCCUACUGGGGACUGAGCCCCCGGGAGGGCCAGCAUGUGGAGAGUCGCUGCGGCUGCUCCUGCUCACAAUAAAGCCAGGGCCGAGCGGCUGGCAGGGGAGGCCAAUCCCUCCCUCCCCUCCCCAGUCCUGCCGGCUGCCUCCCUCCCACCAGA